AUGGAAUCUGAAAAUCGAGGAUCCGAGAUCCUCGCCGUGACUUGGACACUCACCGGCUUAGCAGCGGUAUCCCUUGUUGUCAGAAUAGUGUGGAAACUACGCUCCAAGAAGAAACUAUGGUGGGAUGACCACAUUUGUUCUGUCUCAUGGUUCGUCCUCAAAACCUCCAUCUUCAUUGUCACCAUAGCCACCUCCAAAGGCCUCGGUGAACACGUUCAGGCUAUCCCCGAAGAUAACCUCCCCGCUAUCGGUCUACUCGGCAACUUCAUCGGCACCCUCUCCAUACUCGCCUCGGUAUGGAGCAAGACCUCCUUCGCCCUCACGCUACUCCGGUUGCUGUCGGGCAGAUGGACCAAGGACCUCCUCUGGCUCGGCGUGGCCACCAUCCACGUUUUUCUGAUCGUCAACGCCCUCUUUAUGUGGAUUAGAUGCUCACCGGCCGCGAAGACGUGGGAUACCUAUAUGGAAGGGACAUGCUGGGAUAACCAGGUCUAUCCCCAGUAUGCGAUGUUUGCUGCUGGAUACUCGGCAGCCGUAGACUUCAUUCUAGCCCUUCUCCCAUUAGCACUAUUCUAUCAACUCCAAAUGCUACACCGGAAAGAAAAACUCGGCGUCUCCCUAGCCAUCAUUGUCGCGCUUGUCUCCGGAACCACCGCCAUAGUGAAAACAACCGUUAUCUCCGGCCUCACCUCUUCAGACUUUACCUUCACCACCGCCCCCCUAAUCUACUACGCAACCGCCGAAUCCGCCCUCACCAUCAUCGCCUCUUGCAUCCUCUCCUUAGCCACUCUCUCACGAAAUACCCGACCAGAGAACUCGGCAAGCGACAACAAGUCGCUGGAAAACCAGAGUCAGACGUCGGAAAAUAUUCCGUUGGGAGCAGCUAGUGCUAGUGCUAGCGGUGGGCAAUCAGCGCCGAGUAGUUCCUCUGGACAAGGACAAGAGAAUAACAGUAGUAUCGUCAGAGAUGCGGUUAUUGAAGAAGAAGGAAGAGGAGAACGAGAGCAGUCUGGUGGGCAGGAGGAGAGAGAAAGAGAGAGGAGGAAUCGGUGCUGGUAUAAAUUGUCGCCUGAUACGAAUGCUUGGCCUGGGGUUUUGAUGUGA